AUGAAAGUAAUCAACUUUGUAUUUAAUCCAUUAAAAGAGUUCACAAAUGAUAACAUUCACCAAGCAAAGCGCUGCCACAAACUAGAUCAUAAAGAUUUCACAAAAGUGGUAUUUCGUACAACGAUAGGACUCGUAGUGAUGGGAUUCAUAGGUUUCAUCGUGAAACUCAUAUUUAUGCCCUUCAACAACAUCAUUGUUGGUUCUGCUUGGGUAAAUGAUUGA